GUUUAUUAUCAAACACAUUUAUUUUAUGUCUUAUACAUUCCAAAACUGUUUUUCUUGACACUGACUGCUAAUUACAAUAAUUAUUAAGUGCAAUAGAGUUCACUUUGUAUUGUAUUACGCAAUUAUACUCAACUUAACUUUAAUCAUGUUAAGAACUUUACAAUCUCAUAUUUUCAAGCAAAAUAUGAUUAAAAUGAAUACACGUUAUUUAUGGCAAUGGAUCGAUGACACAUUCAAUUGUUUGGACGAUGAUCGUAUCAAAGAAAUUGGUCCCAACUUGGCAUGUGCCGAAUGGCUCAUGAAAAAUGGGGCACGAGUAAAAUGGAAAGGUUGUAAAGAAUACGUCAGCCAUUACGACUGUUUGCCGAAUCCCACAUCAAUUCACUUGAAACAAUUCCUAAUAGAGCAGGUUUAUGCAGGAAAAGAAGCAUCAAUCUCACAUAUAGGAUUUAGUUAUUUCAAAAACUGUACAAAUAUUUCAAAAAUAGAAUUUGAUGGAUGCGAUUCGAUUGAUAAUGAAGCGUUAAGUAAACUUAACAUAUUAAAAGAUUACCUCAUAGCGUUAAAAAUUAAUGACUGUGUAAAUAUUUCUGAUCAAGGAAUAAAGUCAUUGGAGCAACUUCAAGCAUUAAAAUAUUUAGAGUUGAAAAAUAUAAAUGCUUUAAGCCAGCCAGAAAUUAUGAUUGAUCAUUUGAAAGCCAAGCUGCCAGAAUGCAAUGUACAAUACUGUAGUAAUUUAUAAUAUUAAAAGUUUUUGCCCAUUA